AUGCUCAAAAUUGUAACUUUCUACAUAUAUCUUCCAAAGUUGUUCACAAUAUUAAUGUGCCAAAUGCUUUUCACGCUGUACAGUGUACACACUAAAAGCAGUCUGCUAUCACUCUUAUGUCCCAUCUGUCUUGCUAUCUACGCUCAUUGUUUUGAUGUCUUGGUGGAAACGUCCUUCUUCACCUAUGGCUCCCAGUUCAAUAAUGUUCCGUGUGCAAGAGCAAAUACAAACUUGAAAUCGUACAAGGAUAAAAUGACAAUGAUCGAAGAUGACGAUAUUGCUAGAGGCAGUGAUGACGACAGCGCUAAUAAUGAUAAAAAUAGAGCCGGUAUUGGUGUAGUGGCUAAGGCGUUUGGUCUUGCUGUAACAUUGCCUGGCUUCAAAUGCAAACAGAUUUUCACCUAUCACAUGUCAGUCAGACUGGUAGAUUGA